AUGUCCGCAGCAUCUGCACUUGUCUAUUGGUUCUAUCACUCGCGCCCGCAUAGUGCUCCCCUCAAUCAUCCGCUUGCUCCUGAGCCUGCUCCGACCAAGGACCUCUUCCCUGCCGCAAUCAUCAACAAGCCGCGCGUUGUUGAAGAGGAAGAUACUGCGCCUAUUGUCCCUUACACCAAACCAGACCAAGUUGUGCUACUUUCUUGCGAUGAAACAGAGCCGGAUGACAAUCGCAAACUAGCAUCUGCCCUUGAUAUCAACAAGCCGGAGAAAGACAAUCCUUCAUCCCUUGGAGCCCCGCCUAUUGUCCCCAACACCAAGCCAGACCAAGUUGUGCUACUUUCUUGCGACAAAUCCGAGCCGGCUGACGAUCUCGAAUCUUUGCCUGCCCCCGAUACCCAUCAGCCUGUGCAGUUGGUUGAAUCCCCUGCAGAGGAAGAAGCACCCAAUCCCAACGUUGGUCCGCCUCUGACGCGUCUUGACAAGGCUGCCGCAACGGAAGACAAGAAGAACGGCACGGACCAGCCGGUGUCACGGCUGCCUGAGCGGCGUCUCCCGCCGCCAGACUACGUGUUCUGGACGCCGGUGUUUGCACAUUGGCACACUGCUGCUGCUCCCGCGUUGGAUCUCCGGGCGGAAGUAGGCGGGUUCGGGCGAGCCUCUGAGCGUGGACGAGCUGCUCUUGAGUCUGGAGGAGCGCGCAGACCCGCCGGGCUUGUUUGGCGAGCUUUUUAUAACCAAGCAUCGCCCCUCAAAGCACUUUGA